GACCUGGGGGGGCGGGGGGGGCAAGCCGGACGGUUCAGCACCCGAGGGGCCCCGCGCCCGUCGCGUCGGCCGACUCGCAGCCCCCAUCCUCGUCCCCCUCCUGGCUCUCCUCGCGGCCGCCGCCCGUGAACCCGGCAGUGGACGGGCCGCCGCUGCGCCAGGCCGCGUGGGGCGGGAUGGCGGCCGGCUCGUUGCUGGAGGCCGGCCUGGCCCGGGUGCUCUUCUACCCGACGCUGCUGUACACGGUGCUCCGCGGCACCGUGCCCGGCCGGGCGCGCCGCGACUGGUACAACCGCAUCGACCGCACGGUGCUGCUGGGCGCGCUGCCGCUGCGGAGCAUGACGCGCCGGCUGGUGGAGGACGAGAACGUGCGCGGGGUGAUCACCAUGAACGAGGAGUAUGAGACCCGAUUCCUGUGCAACUCCGCCCGGGAGUGGAGGCAAGGAGGAGUUGAGCAGCUGCGACUCAGCACAGUAGACAUGACUGGAGUCCCAACCUUGGCUAACCUCCAGAAAGGAGUUCAGUUUGCUCUCCAGUACCAGUCCCUGGGCCAGAGUGUCUACGUGCAUUGUAAGGCUGGGCGCUCCCGGAGCGCCACCAUGGUGGCCGCGUACCUGAUCCAGGUGUACAACUGGAGCCCAGAGGAGGCUGUACGGGCCAUCGCCAAGAUCCGGCCACACAUCCGUAUCAGACCUGGCCAGUUUGAAAUCCUCAAGGAGUUCCACAAGGAGAUGACUGCAGAGGCAGCAAAGAAGGAAGCUGUAUCACCCGGCACAGACGUGAAGCAUGUGGAUUAGAAAGAACUCCAGACAACCCUGCUGGCAAUAGAAUGCAAACGCUUAACAGGACCAAUGGUGCUUAAGCCCAGGCACCAUAACGGAAGUGUGCUAAGUAAGGGGUCAUUUUUCUCCCUUUGUCAUGGUUUCCGUUUCCUGAAAUAGCACUGUUGUAUGGCUAGAAAAAAAAAAAUGCAUCAGUGGCCCUAACUGGUUUGGCUCAGUGGAUAGAGUGUUGGCCUGCGAACUGAAGGGUCCCAGGUUCGAUUCUGGUAAGGGCAUGUACCUUGGUUGCAGGCACAUCCCCAGUAGGGGGUGUGCAGGAGGCAGCUGAUCGAUGUUUCUAACUCUCUAUCCCUCUCCCUUCCUCUCUGUAAAAAAUCAAUAAAAUAUAUAUAUUUCAAAAAUGCAU